GCCUAAGGACAAGGACCUGGCUUACCAUUAUAUAUCACGGUACAGAAGCACUGAUGGGCGCCAUUAAUGGACCUAUAAGCCGCAUCCACGGUCUUGGCGGAUCGUAUCUGCUUUUUGCAGAGAUCCCAACAGCAGUUUCUGUCUCUGCAAUUUCCAUCGAUUGGAAGUGGAGCCCUGCCGGAAGAGUGAUUGCUGAAUCUCCAAUCAAAAGGGGAAGAUCUAUGAAGUUUUGGCUAAGGCAUGGAGAAACUUUCAGGUAAAUGAAGUGAACACUUAUCUAUACACUCAGAAGGUCGGAGUAGAUUGGGGGUUUUCUGUUUAACAUUAAGAGAUGGGAGGUUGGCUAUUCCCUUGCUGAAAUAAUAUCUCUCCAGCUUCCUAUUGUCAUGGCCUUAGGAUUGGCUUUAGGAUUGAUUAGCUUACAUAUGAGAAAGCUGUUAACAUAGUAACCUAGGCAUCCUGGUGAAAGCUGAGAACCCGAGAGAUAGGAACAUACUGCUUAGGGGCUUUCUGAUGAUGUAAAAUCCAAAUUGAGGUUCUGAAACCGCUUAUAGCUGGCUUUUGGUCUCAUUCGAAUAAGCAAGGUCAUAGAUGGAUAAAUAUCUCAAGUAUGAGAAACUAUGUGAUUUUUGUCACAAGUGUGGUAGAUUAGGCCAUGUUGAGAAAAUCUGUGGUGAGGAAAAGUUAUGUCUAUUUUGGAUCCUGAUGAGCUUAUGCAUGAUGAAUCAUUGAGGGCUCCCCGACUCAAGGAACCGAGAAUUAAGGACGGAACGGCACAGAAAACUUAUAGGACAACUUCCAGUAACCUUGUUCUGUCUUUCUCCCUAGAGACUAGUCAGAAAACCAUGCAUAAAUUGUGUGCAAACAAAGGUAGCUGCUACACUACCAGCCAUUAGUACUGGGGAAGCCUAAGAGUACUCCAACCAACCAAAGACAGUGCUUGGCAGCUGAGUUGAUAAUAGAAACUUGUUCUCUGACCAAAACCUUGUCAUGGCUCACAGUUGGUUGUAAAUAAGCUAGUCACCUUAAAGAACUGUACCUUUUGUUGGUCUUGUAAAUAUGCUGUUUGUGUAACUAAGCUCUGGGAUUGGAUCUAAAUAAGCUAGGCUUGUGGAU